AUGAAGUCCUCCAUGAUGAUCACCGUUGGUGCUUUCGCUGUCUCUGCUCUUGCUCAGGCCCCUGCCGAUAUCCCAGCAUGUGGUCAAAUGUGCAUCAACAACCUUUUCAACCUAGCCUCCUCCCUCGGAUGCCAGAGCACCGAUGCCAGCUGUCUCUGCAGCAACCCCAACUUUGGCUAUGGUAUUCGUGAUUGUGCGAAUGAGGCAUGUGGUUCUGAGGUCGCCUCCAGCGUCAUAGCCUAUGGUGGAACCUAUUGCUCUUCUGCUCUGGGCACAGGGUCUUCAUCGGGUUCGGCUACCGUUACUACUGGCACUACUCUUGUGACAUCCGUUUCCGUCACGGUCACAGCAACUUCCUCCGCUAUCACCACCUCAGCUCUCGAGUCUGUCAUCUCGUCUGGUGGAUCUGCCGUGGGUACUACAACUGUGGGAUCAACUACAAUCUUUGGUCUUGGAGGAGCUGGGGGUUCUGCAACAGCAACCGGCUCAUCUUCUGCUAUCACCACCUCGGCAAUCGAGUCAGUCAUUAGCUCCGGCGGAUCAGCUGUUGGCACUACCACCGUAGGAUCAACCACCAUCUUCGGUAUUGGAGGAGCUGGAGCAUCUGCUUCGUCUUCUGCCAUCACCACUUCAGCAAUUGAGUCCAUCAUUAGCUCGGACGGUAAAGCUGUAGGCACUACCACCGUGGGAUCAACUACAAUCUUCGGAACCGCUGGAUCAGAAUCAUCUUCUGCCAUCACCACUUCAGCAAUUGAGUCGACUAUUAGUUCGGACGGCAAAGCUGUGGGAACUACCACCGUUGGUUCCACCACCAUCUUUGGACUUGGUGGUGCUGCUGGAUCUGCUUCAUCUGCUGCCUCGACAGCUUCAGAGGGUGCUAGUUCAGCUCUCUCGAGCGCUUCUGCUGAAGCAAGCUCUAAAGGAUCCAAGGCCAGCUCAGCAGUUUCAUCUGCAGUUGCAGGUGCCUCUUCAGAGGCAUCCAAGGCAUCCAGCGCCAUUGCCAGUGCAACCUCAACAUCCUCAAAGGGAGCAGGUGCUCAAAAGACUGCCUUCCCAAUCCUCGCUGGUGCCGCUGGUCUCGCUGUUUACCUCUUGUAA